UUCAUACCCUCAACUAGGUAUCAUAUCGUGUGAAUAUUGCAUGACACGUCGACUUGACUUGAUGGAUUCAAUGUGCUGAAUAUUCCUAGUUUUGCUAGUAUGGUUUGAUUUAUCGUGUUACUGGUUAUUCUUUAUGUUCUUUACCUGUUUUAAAAUCACUAUUUUAUGUAAUUAUGUUCCACUUUAUCUUUCAAGUUUUUCUGGCGAACAGCUCAUACUUCCAUACCUCCGUUUGGCACUCGUGUUCUCUUAUACAAUCCUUUCUUGUAUGAUCCCGAUGUGCUUUUUUCUAAAUUUGGUUUCGAUCUUCAAAUGAGUAUUUUUAUACAACGUUCUGUGAUUUUCACAUUCUUACUAUUGCAUCAUUUAAACUUCACGCAAAAUCUGAAAUCAUGAAGAUAUGAAAUCGUUUUAGUUAUCGUUGUCAAUUUUUUUUACAGUGAUAUUGCAGAUGAGAGUUUUAAACUGCUCGGAAAACAGAUUUUAGCAUUUUGUGGCAUCAUUCAACGCGAAAAUGAACAGUAACGAAGAACCGAAAACUUUGCAUUCGGGUAACCCAGCUUACAGCUAUGAAGAAGUGUUCCCUGCAUUGCCUGGAGGCUUACCAGGAAUCAAUGUGCAAAAUGGUCCUAAUCCUGUGAAUCAGGCGGUCAUCUCUAAUAAUCAGCAUAACAGGAUGAAGAUCAAUUCUACCGAAGUGACUCAGGUUUUCUGCGUGCCAGCCGAAGAAAGAAAGUACGACCAUAGUGAAAAGUUCGGUGAAAGCGAAUCUUUAAGAACGUGUACGCAAAUCAGUAAGGAGACUGGUGCUCGUAUUGAAAUUAGUACUUCGAAGGAUAAAUCGUUGACAUUCUUGAUUACUGGAAAGGUGCCAAGUGUGCAGGAAGCUCGUCGCAAAGUUUUGAUCAAUUUUCAAACUCAGGCGAAUAUCUCUAUCAGCAUCCCCAAAGAACAUCAUCGUUGGAUUUUGGGUCAGAAAGGACAAAGAUUGAAGGAUUUGGAAAAAAACACUGGAACCAAAAUUAGCAUACCGGCGAUCAAUGAUCCUUCUGAUAAAGUCACCGUUGUUGGAACGCGAGAAAGUAUCGAAAAAGCGGUUCACGAAAUUCGUGUUAUUUCUGACGAACAGUCGAAGAAAGCAUUUGUCAGAGUAAACGUACCGAAAAUCUAUCAUCCUUUCAUUACCGGCGGGAAUAAUGAUAAAAUCAACCAACUGAGCCAUGAAACUAAUACUAGGAUCAAUGUGCCUCCGCCUUCAGUGGAUAACACUGAAAUAACCAUCACUGGAGAAAAAGAAGGGGUUUUGAACGCUAAAAAUCGAAUCAUGCAGAUAUAUCAAGAUAUGGAAAAAAAUUGUAAAAGUAUUAGCGUCGAAGUUCCGAAAUGGCAACAUAAGUACGUAAUCGGACACAAAGGCUCUACUAUGGCUGAAAUCUUACAAGAAACUGGUGUUAGUGUAGAAGUACCUCCGACUGACGUCGUCGGUGACACCAUAACUUUACGCGGACCAUGCCAAGCUCUUGGAGAUGCUUUGAAAUAUUUAUUUGACAAGGCAACGAGUAUGCAAUGUGUUGAAAUUGAUGCUCCGUCUCAUAUCCACAAAUUGAUAAUCGGUAAAAAGGCUGCGUUUAUCAAAGAAUUGCAGGAAGCCUAUAAACAAUGUCAUGUGGAAUUCAUUGGUGGCAGUGAUAAAAUCAGAGUCGAAUGUUUACCAGACGUCAUAAACGAGGUAAAGCAUAAGUUAGAAGAAAGAGUCCAUUAUUAUUUACACGAGUACGAUAUUGUUGAAAUCGAUGUCAAUCCGAAGCAUUUCAAACAUAUAAUUGGAAAAAGCGGAGGAAAUGUAAACAGAUUGAAAAAUGAUAAUGAUGUUUCGAUUACGAUUACUGAUGAUAUUAAAAACAGUAUAAAAAUUGAAGGUGCUAAAGAUGAUGUUGCUCAAGUCAAACAUGAACUAGAAGAACAAAUUAGAAAAUUGGAGAACGAACUAGAAAUUGAAAUUCGCGUUGAUCAGAGACACCAUAGGACAUUUAGUGGAAAUAAACGCAGAGAAAUGCAAGAUUUGUACAAAGUUGUUAUAAUUUUCCCGAAUGUUGCUGAGACUAGCGAUGUUGUGAAAAUCAAAGGACAGAAAGAAGACGUUAUUAAAUGCAAAGAAUAUAUUCUGAAAUCAGUUGAAGAAUUGGAUGAAAAUAGCUACACCUUGAAAGUUCCAAUUUACAAACAGUUUCACAGAUUCGUGAUUGGACGUGCUGGAGCCAACAUUAGGAAGAUACGUGACGAAACAAGUACUAAAAUUGAUCUUCCAUCGGAGAUAGAUAAAAAUGAUACAAUUACUAUUACGGGUAAAAAAGAAAACGUCGAAGAAGCUCGAGAUAGAAUUCUUAAAAUACAAAAGGAAAUGGAAUUGGUUCACGGAAUAUCAGAAGACCCGUCUAAACCGUUACCAGACGUUACUAAUGAGAAACCCCAACCGACUAUAACGAUUGAAAUCAAAGCUAAACCCGAACACCAUAGAUUUUUAAUUGGCAAAAGUGGCUUGAAAAUCAAAAAGGUGCGUGACUUAACUGGAGCCCGUAUUACUUUUCCGAAUGAAGGCGAUGAAGAUAAAGAGCGUAUCAUAAUCCAUGGUAAAAAAGACGCCGUUGAACGAGCGAAGGAGGAAUUAGAAUUGAUGAUAGAACAGAUCAAUAAUACCGUCGAAGAAGUUGUACACGUGAAUCCGAAAUAUCACAAGCAUUUCAUCAGCAACCGCGGAGAGCUUAUUCAUAGAAUUAGCGAAGAUUGCGGAGGUGUUACCAUAUCAUUCCCUCGACUGUCUAGCGCUGGACCGAAUGAAUCCAAAGUUAUCGUGAAGGGAAAACCGAACGGUGUCAAAGAAGCAAUUAAAAGGAUUGAACAAGAAGUUCAAGAAUUGGACAAAUUAGAAGACGAAGUGCAUGUAGCACCUCGGCACCAUAAGCAUUUUAUGUCGCGUAAAGGUAGAGUCUUACAAAGUAUUGUACACGAAUGCGGUGGAAGUAACCGGGUCACGAUAUCUUUUCCUCGAAUCGAUAUUAAAGACUCGAGAGUGGCUUUGAAAGGACUAAAAGAUGCCGUACAAUUAGCUAAAAGAAGAAUUUUUGAAAUAGUGAAAGAUUUGGAAGAGCACGUUACGAUCGAAGUUUUCAUACCAAAUAGAGAUCAUAAGGUUCUGAUCAGAUCGAGAACUCCACCCACAAUCAAUGACAUCGAAAGACAGAACAAUGUUAAGAUAUCGUUUGCUGACAGGAUCAGCGGAGAUAAUUACCAGCAAAAUGGAAUUUCUGAUAUCAACGGACAUGCAGACGAUAAAGAUCAGGCUAGGCCUUGCGAUAUUGUUUACAUUACUGGUAAACCAGAAAAUUGCGAAAGUGCAAAGCAGAGUCUUUUAGAUAUUGUUCCAAUUACUAUAGAGCUUAAUAUACCUUAUGGCUAUCAUGGUUCGAUUAUCGGACCUAGCGGGAAAUUGAUUCGCGAAAUCAUAAAUGCGCAUGACGUACAGGUGGAUGUACCUCAUAUUGACAAGAAAUUAGAUUUAAUUAAAAUAAGGGGCAGACCGGCAUCUGCAGAAAAAGCGAAGGAAGCUAUUCUCAGGAGACAGAAAGAAAUCGACGAUGAACGAGUAGAAAAAGAAUUGAGAAGCUAUGCAGUGCAGUUAGACGUAGAUCCGGAAUAUCAUCCGCAAAUAAUUGGACGUAAAGGCGAAGUUAUCAAUAAGAUGAGAAAUGACCACAAAGUCACAAUAAGUUUACCAAAAAAGGAAGAUCCAAAUAAUAUCAUAUCGAUUACUGGGUUACAAAAAGAUGUGGAAGCCGCGAAAGAGGAUAUACUCUGUAUAGUUCAACGUUUGGAAAGUCGAUAUCGCGAAGAAGUUAACAUCGAUCGUCGCGUUCAUCCUAGAAUGAUCGGAGCUAAAGGUCGGCAAAUCAGGAAGAUAAUGGAAGAAUUCGAUGUUGAGAUCAGAUUCCCUCGCAGUACGGAUACUAAUCCCGAUACUGUUGUGAUAUUCGGUGAUGAAGAUAAAGUCGCUGAUUGUAAAGAUCAUCUGUUGAGUUUGGAAGAAGACUUUCUUCAAAAUGUUCGCGAUGACGUGAGAAUGCCAAGUACCGCAGAUAUGAUAUUUGACGGUACCAGAAGUACUCGAAAUGAUCGUGAUGAAGCAGGGUUCUUUGUGAAAAAUGCCCCUUGGGAUCCUAAAGCACCAGAUACGAGCAGUAUUGCGGAGUUUCCGUCAUUUGGAACCGUCGACAAUAGUAAAACUUUCGCUAAGACAGGGUCCGAAUCGAAACCUGCUUGGGGGCCACGGCGUUAAUACGUUAUAGUGCCUUUUUCUUUAUUUUCUCUAAGUUAGUUUUUUUUAAAAAUUAAAUUAAAUUACCUACAUAUAUAAUACAUAAUAACUUCCAUUUUAGAAAUAGUACCGUGGUUGACUGAUGACCAAUGGUGACUUUUCGAAAAGUACGUAGUGAGAACGUUUUGCAGGGAUAGUGUCUUGUUUACUAUGUAACGAUUAGAGAAAUAGUAUUUUUUUUUAAUGGAAAAAAAAUUUGCAUUUACGUAAUUUUUUUCUCAAAAUUAAAUUUUUUAGUCUACUUAUCAACGAUUUAGUUAUUUAAAUUUAUUGUUUCUUGUAAUAUGUAUAUGAAUUUAUCUUUGUCAAUGAAUAUUUUCUGUGAAGUACUACGAAUCUUGAAGAAUGAAGAUGUGUUCACUUUUUCAUUUCUUUUCCCUGUGAAAUAAAUUAGUCGUUCGUUGCGUUUGGCUUAGCAUAUUUUUACCAUGUAUUUAUUACUUACCUUAAUAUUUUCCUUUAUUUAUUUUUUAAAACGAGUUUAUUAUUUUUAUGCCAAUAUUUCGUAUAAUCGUUCGAGCACACAAUUUUUGAUAUUUCAUUUAUACAGAAUACUUUUUUUUGCAAAUCAAACCGAGUUACGCUCGCAAAAUGUUUGUUUUGACAGUUUUUUUUUUUGUUACCUGUUUGUUUACAUUUUGAACCGUGUACAUGUACGUGCUUUUUAAAAAAGUUCUAUUGAUAAAUGUAAUUUGAAAAAGAAAAUAAACGAGAUUUGUUAAUGA